UUUUCGUUUUCUUUCUAUUUCAGAUCUUGUAAAUAUGAGAAUAUAUAAGAAAGCUACCUUAAUUUUCACUCUGUUGGCAUUGUGUGGGUUCAUAGUCUAUAAGAUGUCGUACUCCUUUGACCCAACAAUCCUGCAGCAAUACAAACCAGUGUGGGCAGAGGAUGAAAGGCUAAACAUCGUAUUCUUAUUUGCUGUUAAAUCCUAUCCAGAAAAUUAUGAAAUGAGGAAAGCCAUACGAGAAACAUGGAGCACAUAUAUAAGCUCUGGCUCAAACAGUAAGAUAUUAUUUUACAUGGGACGAUCUUCACGCCCUGAAAUCAAUGCCAAGGUUGCUGAAGAGUUCAACCAUUAUGAAGAUAUUUUCCAGGGAGAUUUUAUAGACUCUUUCGAAAAUCAGAGCCUGUGUACUUUAACUGCUUUGAAAUAUAUGUUGAGGGCAUAUGCUGAAAUUAGAUUUUUAUUUAAAGUUCAUGAUUCAACAUUCGUUAACAUUCCACGCCUUAUACGUGUUCUGAAAAGCAAGAGAGCAUCGCUGCAUAACUUUAUCAUGGGCCGCAUCACAAAUAAUUCCAAACCUGAACGAAACAAGAAGUCACCAUGGUACAUAUCAAAGGACAUGUAUCCACCAGAUUCCUACCCAGUUUACACACAGGGAGAUGCUUAUUUGUUAAGUGGGAACCUAAUACAGCAGUUGGUUAAAGAAUCAUUCAAAGUCCCUCUCAUUUGGAUCGAGGACAUUUUUGUAACUGGAAUUUUAACUAAAAAUCUCAAUGUGAAUUACAUACACAGCACGAAGUUUGGUUCACCACAGGAUAGUUGUGAAAACGGCGAGUACAUAGCCAUAUCAGGCUUGUAUACAGUUGAGGAUAUGAAACGUGCUUACAAAGCCAUUGAAGUCCCAAAUGAAAGGUGUGCUUAUGGAAUAAAACCCAAAAGAUGAUGACAGAGAAAAUUAAAAUCAAGAAAAGAAAAAACUUAAACUGUAACGUUUUAUCCGUCUGUUUCGAUAUCUUAUUUGAUUUGAGAAGAAAACUAAUAGGAAAUAAUUCGAGUAAACUGUUUCAUGGGAGAUUACUCCUUACCUUGUAAAUAUGGGCAUUUGGAGUUGCGUCCCUUUAUAAAUAUUAAGCCCGAUCUUUCAUCUCUAAGCUUCUCUCUCUCUGUCAUCCUUAUUGUUUGUCGACACAGACCAUCGCUAUUUUUUUUUUUUUUGUCGGAUUCUGCUAUUUUAUAUUUUUCGUCUACUACACCACAUCUUACUGGAAUCAAUAUAACACGUUUUUUUUCUUUUCUGUUCAUGUACAUACGGUCGUACUACUUCAUCAACAAACCGGUUCAAUUAAAAUAAUUACCACCUUUUUA